AUGUCGUCGACAUCACCGGCGGUGAGGAACCGUGGACCGCCAGCGCUGCCCGCAGCACGUCCGACCCCCCCCCCCCCCCCCCCCCCGCUACGAGCGAGCAAGCGCGCUGCUGCAAGGACGGCUACGAGUACGGUGUCGGUCGAGGCCCGUAAGGGCAAGAAGAAGGCGUCAGGACGUGCGUCGACGGCAGCUUCGGUCAGCUCAAGCAGCAAGAAGGGCUCUGAGGACUACGGGAGUACAGGACCUAAGAAGAGAGCCGAGGAUGCGGGCGUCGAAACGGACCCCGACGCGGAAGAGAAGGCUGCGCUUCCAAGAGCCAAACGGGCAAAGAAGUCCCCUGCUCCUGUUCCAUCACCCACGGCACGAACGCCCGCGCCAGCCAAGACCGCGGAGACGUCGGGUAACGAUCGGGGUGAGUUCAACCUGAACGAGUUCAUGGCUUCGUUUGAGCCCAACCGAGCUGUGUUAGAACGAAGAGAAGCCGCUGCCCUGCCUACAACGACGCCGGCCCAAGCUUCGUUUCGACAUGACUCGCCAGCCGAGGUUACUGAGACCGACGUCGAGCCGGUCAUGGCCGAGCUCCGAGCGCUGCGGGAGGAGGUUGCACUGCCUGCGAAUGCUUCAAAGUCAAGGUGA